AUGAAGACAUCUGGACCUCAGGCUUGGAGGGCCCUGGCAGAGCUGGUUCUUCUCUGUGCUGCUCUGAGUGCUGUCGGUUUGCCUGGCUCCAGAGGUGAAAGGCCACACUGUCUAGAGUCGAACGCAGUCAACAAGAGCCUUGCCAAGAGCCGACAGACGCGGAGUGUGGGUGUUGUGCCAAUGCCUCUUGAUUGUGAACUCUCUAGCUGGUCCUCCUGGACCACGUGUGAUCCCUGUCAGAAGAAAAGGUACAGACAUGUCUACUUGCUCCAGCCAUCUCAGUUCUAUGGGGAACCGUGUAACUUCUCUGACAAGGAAGUUGAAGACUGUGUUACCAGCAGACCAUGCAGAAGUCAAGUGCGUUGUGAAGGCUUUGUGUGUGCAGAGACAGGGAGGUGUGUAAACCGUAGACUUCUCUGCAAUGGGGACAAUGACUGCGGAGACCAGUCUGAUGAAGCGAACUGUAAGAAGAUUUUAAAAAAAUGUCAGCAUGAAAUGGAGCAGUACUGGGCAAUUGGCCGUCUGGCCAGUGGGAUAAAUCUGUUCACCAACAGAUUUGAAGGCCCGGUCCUAGACCACAGGUAUUACGCCGGUGGAUGCUCCCCCCAUUACAUACUGAACACGAGAUUCAGGAAGCCCUACAAUGUGGAAAGCUACACCCCACAGACCCAAGGCAAAUACGAAUUUGCGCUGACAGAGUAUGAAUCGUACUCAGAUUUUGAAAAAAAUGUCACAGAGACCAAAGAAAGCAAGUUUAGUUUCAGCUUUGGUUUUAAAAUACCUGGAAUAGUUGAACUUGGUAUGAACCUCAAAGAUGAAAAUAACAAACAAUUUAUUAGAAGAAUCAAACGAUUCUCUCACACUAAAAGCUCAUUUCUGCAUGCGCGCUCUGACCUUGAAGUAGCACAUUACAGGCUGAAAGCCAGAAGCCUGAUGCUCCAUUACGAGUUUCUUCAGAGAGUCAAGCUGCUGCCCCUGGAGUAUAGUUACGGGGAGUACAGAGAUCUCUUCCGUGAUUUUGGGACCCACUACAUCACAGAGGCUGUGCUGGGGGGCAUUUACGAAUACACACUCAUCAUGAAAAAGGAGGCCAUGGAGAAAGCAGAUUACUCUCUUAAGGAUGUCCAUGCCUGUGCCCAGAUGGGUUUUAGAGUCGGCGCUGCUCUUGAGGUGGCCUAUGUCAAGCUCGGUGUGUCGAUGGAGCUAUGCCAGGGUAUUCUGAGAGAAAUAGGAGAGAGAAACAAGAGAAACACCAUGGUGGAAGACUUGGUGGUCCUUGUGCGAGGAGGGGCCAGUGAGCACAUCACCACUCUGGCCUACAAGGAGAUCCCGACAGCAGAGCUGAUGCAGGAGUGGGGAGACGCGGUGCAGUACAACCCAGAGGUCAUCAAAAUUAAGACAGAGCCUCUGUAUGAAUUGGUGACGGCCACAGACUUUGCCUUCUCCAGCACAAUAAAGCAGAACAUGAAGCAGGCUCUGGAAGAGUUCCAGAAGGAAGUCAGCCCUUGCCACUGUGCUCCCUGCCAAGGGAAUGGAUUCCCUGUUCUGAAAGAAUCACGCUGUGAGUGCAUCUGUCCUAUCGGAGUCCAUGGCACAGCCUGCGAGGUCACCCAUGAGAAAGAUGUCCCCAUUGAUGGGAGGUGGAAUUGCUGGUCAGACUGGUCUCCAUGUUCUGGAGGACAUAAAACAAGACAAAGGCAGUGCAACAAUCCACCUCCUCAAAAUGGAGGCAACCCCUGUGUGGGCCAUGCUUCAGAAACACUUAAAUGUUAACGAAGAAGUGCUUCUUCCUACCGUGGGCUGCCCCCUGUGAGAGCUCUGAGCCCUUAGGAACUCAGGCCCAGUUACC